AUGCAGCGACCACCCAUACACAUCUUGGUCUGGUCAGCAUCGGAGGUUCAAACCUUCGUAGUGAUCCACCACCCCACCCUCAAACUCGGCCACGGCAACCAUCACCAUGCAGCCCCUGCGUCCCCCCUCUCCUCUUCUUUCGGCUACCAGAUCCACCGGGAGACGAGUCAUCACGUCCCGGCGCUCAUCUCAAGUGGUCAGCUGUCGCCUCUGCUCCGAACCACGGCGGCGCAGACCGCCUUUGUGAACGUGCAACAUCUCCCGGUUGCGCUGCAUCACCAUCAUCACCACCGUCACCACCAGUUUCACCCAGAACCCCUGGUCUUGUUGGGGGCUCCGACCAGGCUGGACCGGCUGGCGGCCCAGAGCUCCAGCUUCCGGCACAACUACAACCCGUUCCUGCACAUGCCCUCGUACCCAGCCUAUCCUGGCAGAAACGCGGCCCUCGGUCUCGAGGAGGAUCUCCUCACAGAAGCCGAAGCCGAGCCCACGCUGAAGGUGUACAAGGCGGACGCCGAGUAUCCGCCUCUCAACCUGAAGAACAGGAAGAAGCUGUACGCCGUCGGUUACAUCUACAUGCUGGACUUCCUGGAGGACACGUACCUCAGACGGCGUCGUCGUCGCUAG